CCAAAAUGUGAUUACAAAGUUAUUGAUUUUCAAAUCAAACCAAAGCAUAAACAGGAGAAGAAUCAAAUCGGAGUUGUCAAAGUCCCGGCGAAUUCAUCGUUGUCCUUCAUCGCCGGUGGCCACCGGAGACGAUAACGACGAUAUCGGUAAUCGCCCACCUCACAUCACCUGGGGAAAGCCAUCCGUUCAUGCAAAGUCCGUCGUUGCUGACGACUUCACCAAGACGCGGUGUUCUUGGUUUUCCGGCGAACGAGUGAAGCCAACACUCUAGACCUCGGAAAGCUCGCUUGCGACUGAAGUAACUGUGGAGAUUUGUAAGAAUGGUUGAUUGCGGUGGUGAUGCACCGGCGGAGCCCGUCAGCCGUUAGGUCCGCCGCCAUGUCCAAGACUCCGUCGUCUCACGCGAUUCCGGUGACGCCGAUUUCGACUGCUAAUCCUUCCGGCGAGGCCCUGCUGGGGAUGGCGGGUGGUCCACUUGCUAGGGUUCGGUUGUGUGAUAUUAUACCCUACGACGGGGCUCCUUCGCCGGCUUACGUUAGGGCUGUGGAGGCUUUAUCUGGGUCUUUGAUGAGGUACAAUGCGUCUGUGAUCGAGCUCGGGCAUGAGGAUGCGGCAUUGAUGAGAUGUGGGCUUGAAGCUGCGGGCUUGUUUUUCAGGACCAGACGACAAACCUUUCUCGGAAAGGGAAGUCGUGGUCUAUGUAUGUACAGGGCGGGAAGAUCAGUGGAUGAUUUAGAUUCUUCACCUCCAUGCAUGGCCGAGAUAUUCUGGUGCAUGGGUAAAGUAGCACGUGCUGCUUUAUCUGCAAUUGCAAGGCAUCUACAUCUUCGAACUGACGCUUUCAACCAUUUGCUUGAUGAAACACCAUUAGCCCUGAAUGAAAUUUCCUCGUCAGUUCUCGUGGCUUCCAAUGCUCAUUCAGUUAUCCCAAAUGGAAAACCUGCCGCUGGAGGUGUAAAGGCAUCCACUAAUUUGGAAGUUGAGAAGGGACUGCUAACACUGUUCUGCUCAGAUGGGCCUGGCAUUCAGGUCUGUGACCAUAAUGGUCAUUGGUACUUAGCGGAUAGUGCUUGCGGAGCAGGUGAUCUUUUAUUGAUUACAGGCAAAGCCCUCCGUCAUGCUACUGCAGGCCUUCGUCCGGCUGCUUCUUACAAAGUUGCUCCCAAUUAUUUAUCUGGCACUAAUGCUCAGGAAAGGAUAUCUCUGGCAUUCAGGCUAAUGCCAAAGAGUAAUGCUGUAUUAGAUUGUUCCCCAAUAGAAGCAGCUGGUUAUGUAAUUCCUCAAAGUUAUGUCCCAGUAUCUGCCAGUCAAUUUAUGGAUGACCUUUUGGGCGAGGAUGAUGGAUUAGCUAAUGCACCUGUUAAAGCCAAUGUUGCUCGAGAUGAUGCUAGCAAAGAGCCUUCCUUAAGAAGUGUCCUCUCUGAUCCAAUAUCUGGUGCUUUUCUUGAAGAUGCAAUGGCUGUUUCAUGUGGGCAUUCAUUUGGUGGCCUCAUGCUUAGAAGGGUGCUUGAGAUGUCUAGAUGUACUCUCUGCAGUGCAGAUAUUGAGAUUGGCUCUCUGAUCCCUAACCUCGCCCUUCGAGCUGCUGCAGCAAUGUUAAAGCAACAGGACGAUAGAAGACGUUUCCACAAUGCAGCCAUGCGGAAACGUAGAAAAGAGAUGAGCGAUCAAAUGGAUCUGGAAAAUGGAGAAACUGCUGCAGACGAUGGAGUGAAUCGAGUGGUACAGUAUCCAUUUGCUGUAAACGAGAAGGUUCUAAUCAAGGGAAAUCGGAGAACUCCGGAGAAAUUCGUCGGAAAAGAAGCAGUGGUUACAUCUCAAUGUCUAAAUGGAUGGUACUCGCUGCAAAUCGUUGAAAGCGGGGAGAACGUGCGUCUUCAGUACCGUUCCCUCAGGAAGCUCUCGACUUCGACCUCAAACGAAGACAGAACCCUACAGCAGUUGCAACCCAUUUCAGAGUAAGUAACUCAAUAUGUUCCAGAUCCUCAGAUAGGCUUUGUAUUCUCCCUUUGCUUUUUGGUUUCUUGGAAUAUAUAUAUAUAUAUAUAUAUAUAUAGUUAGAAAUAUUUGGUUAGAGAAAUGAUUUGAAGACUGUCCAAACAAUGUGGCCUCCGUGAAGUGGCUUUUUUUUUUUUUAAUUUUGUAAAAAUUAGAUCUAUUUGGGUUUUGAAUUUGGGUUCAUGAAGAUUUUAUUCUGAUUUUGAA